GCUCAGAAUCAAAGAAAAAUUAUGAUGCUAGCCAAUCAACGACAUACAUACCAAGUAAUACUUUAUUCGAUAUUGAAUACGAUGGUGAUACUAUCUCCGGAUAUUUAUGUACUGAUGUAGCGUAUUUCGAUUUUAAUAGCCUAAUUGCUAUUCAAAAUCAGACAUUCGGAGAAGCCAUAAGCUAUGAACGGCGAAAAUUUCCGUUUUCUCCGAAUUAUCAAGGAGUCGUGGGAAUGGGUUAUUCCACAUCAGCUAUUACAGGAAUUCCCUUUCUUAAUAACAUGGUUCAACAAGGCCUGUUGUUGCGACCUGUUUUUAGUAUCUAUAUGAAAAGAGAAUUCUUUACAUCUGAAAUAGUUGGUGAGCUGAUACUUGGUGAUAUCGAUAGCAGUCUUUAUGUAGGCCAAUUAACGAAUGUUAAUGUUACUCGCAAAGGAUACUGGCAAUUUAACAUGAAUAAAGUUCAACUAGGAAAUAAUAUCUUAUGCGAGAAUGAUUGUCAAGCUAUUAUCGAUUCGAGCAAACCCCGGAUAUCUGGACCGCCAUCGGCUAUCGCAGUUAUUAAUAAAUAUAUCAGAACUAUUAGUCCUAACAAUCCAGGAAUUGUGGACUGUAAAAUGAUUUAUAAGUUGCCCGAUCUCUAUUUUAUCAUAGGUGGAAAAGUAUUCGAACUCACUAGCGAAGACUAUAUGAUUAAGUCUACGUUAAGCUAUGACACAUCGUGUAUAAGCCCCUUCGAAGAUAAUAACAUUUCGGAUAAAGACGGUCCAACAUGGGUUUUAGGCAGUCUAUUUCUCCGUCGGUAUUAUAUAAAAUUUGACAUGAGGAAAAAUCGAAUGGGAUUCGCCUAUAUAAGAUAA